UAGUGUUUGUUUCAUUUUCAUAGAGCAAACAUGUUACUUCAAACUAAAUUCACUCGAUUACAAAUCGCGAUUUUCGGUUUACUUUCCGCUCAAAUAAUUUUCACGUUAAUAACUUCUACCGCCGCGAGUGAUGAAUCAAGUUCAUUAACAACAGAUCCUCAAUUACGCCUGCCCAAUACUACAAUACCAAUAAAAUAUCAUCUUCAUAUCUUUACUCAAAUUGAUCAGGAAGUUCUAGAAUAUAAAGGAAAUGUUACAAUUGAUCUUUCUGUCAAACAAUCAACUAAGGAAAUUGUCCUUCAUGCUAAACUAUUGCGUGAUUUCAAGGUGAACUUGAUCGAUUUGCUGAAUAGUAGUUAUCAGCAAUUUGAGAGUCUCAAGUGGGUGCAUGAGAAUGAAACUGAUUUCUUGAGAAUAUCCUCACCAAUCGAACUGAAAUUGGGUCAACAGUAUCGCCUUGAGAUACUUUUCACGGGAGAUAUUCGUUUGCAGAAUUUUGGAUUUUAUAGAACAACAUAUUUGGAUGAGGAAAACAAUACUAUACCUCUUGCCUCAACUCAAUUUGAACCAACUAGUGCUCGAUUGGCUUUUCCAUGUUUUGACGAACCAUCAUUUAAGGCAACAUUUGUGAUCAGUAUUACACAUGGAAGUACCUAUUCGGCUUUGUCAAAUAUGCCAGUAGAUGGAAAACUUAUCCCAGGUUCCAAUGGAGAAAUGACAACAACAACAUUUCAAGAAACCCCCGUCAUGUCAACUUAUCUGAUUGCCUUUGUUGUAUCCAACUAUGAACAUAUAAGUGAAUUUGUCAAUGGCAUUGAUCAUAGAGUUUUUUUCCCACCAAGAUCCAAAGAUCAAGGAAAAAAAGCUCUUAAAAAUGCAAUAGCAUCUGUGACAGCUUUGGAAAAUUAUCUUGGAAUAAAGUAUCCUUUGCCAAAAUUAGAUCAUAUUCGUUUGGAUAAAACCUAUGGCUUAGCUAUGGAAAAUUGGGGUCUAAUUACAUACAAUACGAAAAAUUUACUCUCAGCUUUUGAGGGAGGCAGUGCUCGUCAAACUACAAUCAAAAUGACCAAUGUACAAAACCAUGAAAUCGCUCAUCAAUGGUUUGGUAAUUUGGUAUCGCCCAAAUGGUGGACUUAUGCAUGGUUGAAUGAAGGAUUUGCCACAUAUUUUGGCUACAUUACGACCGAGUUGGUUCAUCCUGAAUGGAAAAUUAUGGAGCUAUUUAUUCAAAAGGAGGUAGAUGUUAUAAUACAUUGGCCAAUUACACAUGCAAUGACGCAGUAUGUAGAGAAGGAAGCUGACAUUAAAUCUACAUUUGAUGUGGUUUGUUAUCAAAAAUCUGCCAGUGUUAUAAAAAUGUUCCACCACGCAAUCGGUCUCAAAACAUUCAUCAAAGGUGUUGCCUUCUAUUUAAAUAAAUUUCAAUAUUCUGUAGCAGAUGAGAAUGAUUUAUAUGGAGCCCUUCAAACUGUCAUCGAUGAAGACGAACAAAAUGUUUUCAAAUAUUCUGAUAAAAUUUCAUCAAUAUGGCGUUCAUGGACUGUUAAUGCUGGAAUACCAAUUGUAACAGUUACUCGAAAUUAUGACAAUGGAACUAUUACAUUUCGACAAAGAUCGAAUAGUAAACAUCAUUCGCAUGAAAGAUGGUGGAUACCAUUGAGUUUUGCAACUGCUUCGAAUCCAAAUUUUGAUCAAACUGAAGCUGAUAUUAUUCUUCCGCCGCAUAAGGAAUUAACUCUUCAUAUAAAUGAUAUCAAUUUGAAUAUUACGAACAAUGAAUGGUUGAUUGUUAAUAAGCAGCAAACUGGGUUAUUCUUUGUGGUCUAUGAUGAUCGAAAUUACGGGCUGAUAGCAGAUCAACUAAAUACUGAUUAUCAGAAGAUUCACAUGUUUAAUCGAGCUUUGUUGUUUCGGGACCUUACCGAAUUCACAGAUCGAGAUAUUAGCGAUAUGAAUGCUCUCCUUUCGGCUUUGCAAUAUCUCAAAUACGAGCAAGAUCUUAUGCCAUGGAAUACUGCUUCAGAUUUUAUAUUAGAAUUGUUAUCGAAGCUUUAUGGAAGCUCCGCACUUGAAAUGUUCAAAAGUUUCAUUCGUGAUAUUGUUGGGGAGAUCUAUCAGCGGAUUCGUCGACUUCCGGAAACGGCUAUUGAUUCCAUCACAAGAUCGAAGGUUAUUGAAGUUGCAUGUAAAGUUGAUUUGACCGAUUGUCUUUCGUAUACCGAAGCUUUAGCGAAGGAAUAUUUCUACAAUGGCCAGGAUAUAGAGACUGCUGUUAGAGAUAUUGCACUGUGUCAAGGCGUCAAAUACAUUUCUACCAAAGAAUUCCAGAAUUUACUGGAAAAGAUGACUGCUCCGAAUGUGAGUGCCGAGGAUUAUGACGACAUCAUUUAUGCAAUUCGUUGUGUCGAGUCAAAGGAAAGUCUCAAAUACUUUCUUAAUUUUAUGUUGGGAGAGAAUUCGACACAUGAAGCCAUGACAGAAUUUGAGAAAAUGCAAUAUGUGUCAUUCUUUUAUGUUUCGAAUUAUUUCUCGAGGCCUGUUAUAAUGGAAUUUCUGCGUGAUAAUUACAAGACAUUGUUCAAAACUUCGAGUGUUGUGGAAUAUUCAUUGACAAGGAUUUGUAAUUAUGUCUCGGAAGAAGGCGGACAAAAAGAAGAGUUCUUGAAGCUUCUAGCAGAUAUUAAAGAAUAUUUCCGUGAUGCACCAAAAACUGAAGAUUUGAAAAUUGGAUCGAGAAUAAGGCAGAUUGAACAUUUUAAGAAGAAACAUGAGGAGAGCAUAUCUGUAUGGCUAAGUAAUUAUGAACGAUCAAAUCGUAAAGCGCGAAGUGCGGCAAGUUCGAAAAUUAGGCCAAGUCUGACGGCUGCCCGGUAUAUUGUUGCAGCGGGUUUUAUUAGUAAAUUAAUUAUGAUAUCAGCUACAAAGGCCUGGAAUGAACGAUAUGGAACAUCUUCCCUGAAAAACAUAUCGAAAGUUGUGAGAAUUGAAUCAGCUGUUGCCCAAGGAGCAUAUUGGUCUUCAUUUCUCAGACUUUGGCAAUCAAUCUUAAUUGAAUUCCAUAUAAAGUUGGUCGCUGAAAUUAAAAAUUUUCACUUCGAGUUUUGUUUUUCGGCCACAAACAUGGCUAACCAUAAGCAGCUUAUAUUAGCUGCUACAAUCCUCCUUGCAAUUGGAGGAAGUAUUGUUCAAUCGUCAACUAUCAAAAGGAUUCCUCCACUUUUUCAGGAUCAUGAACGUCGUUCACUGUGGGAGGAUAUUCAGGAUAUCAAAGUAAAAGCUGACGAACCCGAUUAUCGUUUGCCGAAUAAUACCUAUCCUUUAACUUAUGGCGUAGAAUUGACAACGAAAAUUAAGUCAGGCGAUUUGAAUUUUCAAGGAGUGGUUACCAUCAAGAUUCGAGUAGAUGAAGCCGAUACCAAUAAGGUUGUAGUUCAUGCUAGACAAUUGGAAAUUGGAGAGGCUAAACUUAUUGACGAUGCUGGAAAAUCUACCGCACUUACUAAUUCGUAUGCAGCUGAUACGGAAUUUCUGACUCUUACCACAUCGGAUAAUUUGGUUUUGGUCAAGGGAAAAAUCUACGAUGUCGUAAUUAACUACAAGGGAAAGUUACGUGAAGACAAUGGAGGCUUUUACGUGUCGACUUAUUUGAACAAAGAUAAGGAAGUUGUUUACUUGGCAACAACCCAAUUCGAAAGUACCGAUGCCCGUCAUGCAUUCCCCUGUUACGAUGAACCUGCCAAACGUGCCAACUACACCAUCACAAUCAAUCAUGAUCAAUCGUUAAACGCAAUCUCAAAUAUGCCAGUCGAUGUACAAAAAUCAAGUCCUGGCAAGACUGUUUUCCAAGAAACUCCCAAAAUGCCAAGUUACCUCGUUGCUUUUGUCGUUUCCGACUUUGAAUCCACAUCGGGUAGUUUAAACGAAUUGACACAACGCAUCUUCUCCCGCAAGGGUACCCAAGGUGAUCAGGAAUUUGCUCUAUUUGCUGGUAUUCAAAUUACUGCCCGUUUAGCUGAUUAUUAUGGUGUGCCAUUUACUCUACCCAAAUUGGAUCAAGUUGCUGUACCAGAUUUUGCUGCUGGCGCUAUGGAAAAUUGGGGUAUUGCUACUUAUCGAGAGGAAUAUCUGUUGUAUAAUCCUAAACAUUCGACAUUGAAUACACAGACAAAUAUUGCAAAUAUUGUUGCACAUGAAUAUACACACAUGUGGUUUGGUGAUUUGGUAACACCGAAAUGGUGGACAUAUUUGUGGUUGAAGGAGGGAUUUGCAACAUUGUAUUCAUAUCAAGCUGCUGAUGAGGUCUAUCCAGAAUGGGACAUUAUGCAAAUGUUCAUUGUCAGUGAAUUCCAAAAGGGUCUCUCCUACGAUGGUGGUGCCAAACCCCGUCCAAUGUCUCAUUACGUUCAAAAACCCAACGAAAUUCGUUCCCUAUACGAUUCAGUCUCAUAUUCCAAAGCUGGUGCUGUAUUAAAAAUGUGGGAACAUGCAAUAACUGAUGAAAUUUUCAAAGAAGGUCUUAAUAUUUACUUGAAUCAACAUAAAUUCACUGGUGCUGAAGAAGAUGAUCUAUUCGAUUCAAUUGGUAAAGCUUGUAAAAAUGCCAAUCAUGAAAUUCCAGAUACAAUCAAUUUGAUGAUGAAAACAUGGACAAAUCAAGGUGGCGCUCCACUUUUAACUGUUACACGAAAUUAUGACGAUGGAUCAUUCACUAUUAAACAAACUGCUUUCCAUACUGAUGAUUCAGUAGUAGACAAUAAGUUAUGGUACAUUCCAGUGAAUUAUGCUUCGAAAAAUAAGUCCGAUUUCCGUAGUACUGUUGCUGAGUUGUAUUUGAAAGAUCAAUCUGCAGUUAUUCAGGGACAAAUACCCGCCAAUGAUUGGUUGAUUUUGAACAAACAAUCUACUGGAUAUUAUCGUGUAAACUAUGACGAAAAGAACUGGCAACUUAUUACUCAAAGUUUGAUUGAAAACCCUUUCAAAAUUCAUACUCUUAAUAGGGCUUCUUUGUUAUACGAUGCCUAUACUUUAAGUUCAACAGCUCAUUUGAAACACGAAGUUAUCUUGGGUUUGACAUUAUUCUUGAAAAAUGAAGAUCAAUAUGCUCCAUGGUCAACAGCUAAUACCAUUUUGACAACAUUCAAUAGGUUCUUGAGUGGAGACAAAGAAUACCCGGUCUUUAGGAAAUAUGUUGCUGAUGUUGUUGGCAACAUUUACAAUCGUCUUGGUGUCCAAUAUUAUACUGGAGAGCAACAUUUUACAAAUAACGUUCGUACAAUUGCUAUCAACUUGGCUUGUAUUGCCGGAGUUCAAAGCUGUUUGGAAGACAGUUUUGACAAAUUGACGGAACUUGUUGCUAAUAAUGUAGAAAUCGAACCUAAUCUACAAUCUGUGGUUUAUUGUAAUGGCUUGAAGAAGGGUGGAAGUGCCGAAUUCGAUUAUGUUUAUAACCGUUUGAUGAAUUCGGUUGAUCAAGCUGAGAGAAAGACACUAAUUUCAGCCUUGGGUUGUAGUCACGAUCUAGUCCUUUUGAGUAGAUUCGUUCAAACUUCAAUUAAGGAAACGCCUGAUGUUACAUUGAGGGUUCAAGAAAGAAUUACUUUGUUAAGUUCGGCUUAUUCACGUGGUGAACUUGGUCUAUUUGCUUGUAUUGAUUUCCUCCAUGAUAACUAUAACGAGUAUGCUGAACUUACAAGUGGCUUUGGAGGUACUAAUCCCCUUGAUUCUGAUAUCAGGGGUAUGUCUAGUUAUGUUGUUAAUGCUAAUCAAGAAGCUAGGUUGCUUGAAUUGGUUGAAAAGGUUAAAAAUCAUCCUGCUGUUUCAACGAAUCUUGAAGCUCAAGUUAAAGCUAAUAUUAUGGCUAAUUUCGAUUGGUUGAAUGACAAUCGUCAGCCUGUGAUGAAAUGGGUUGUUGAACAUUAUAAGGAUUCAGCAGCUAGUAUAUCGAUUGUUCCAGCUGUUAUGGCUUUGUGUUAUGCCAUAGUUAGACUUUUCUAGAUCUAAUUUAUUGUUUUUUUUAAGUUUUAUUUGUAUUUAAUUUUUAAGAUUAAUGAUAAAUAAAUGAAAGUAUGUUAUAA